CACUCAAUUCCUGACUCUGCUCAUUGUUUACAUCAACGACAACCCAAUCCCAAUCUCAGCACAAGAAAUGGACAAAACACCUGCCUUUGGGUUAGCCGCUACAGAUUCCUCCGGCAUCGUUUCCCCUUUUCACUUCUCCAGAAGGGCAAAUGGUGAUCACGAUAUAACCUUAAAAAUCCUGUAUUGUGGGAUUUGCCACGGUGAUGUUCAUUUUCUCAGGAACGAAUUGGGACACAGCACCUACCCCAUGGUCGCCGGGCACGAGAUUGUCGGAGAAGUGAUCAAGGUGGGUCACGGUGUCACCAAAUUCAAAGCUGGUGAUAUUGCUGGCGUGGGGCCGAUUUGUGGUUCAUGUCGAUCUUGCUCUAACUGCAAUCAAGGCUGGGAAAGUUACUGCCCCAAAAAGAUUUUCACCUAUAAUGCAUAUGACCACGAUGGAUCUUUAACUCAAGGUGGAUACUCUGAUAAAACUGUGGUCGAUGAGCAUUUCGCCAUCAAAAUUCCAAAAGGCUUGCCGCUCGACGGUGCAGCCCCGUUGUUGUGCGCUGGAAUCACAGUAUACAGCCCCAUGAAGUUCCAUGGACUGUGUCAGCCAGGUCAGCAUCUGGGUGUGGUGGGCUUAGGCGGACUCGGCCACGUGGCUGUCAAGUUUGCCAAGGCUUUGAAGAUGAAGGUGACAGUGAUAAGUACUUCUCCUGGAAAGAAGAAGGAAGCCUUGGAAAGCCUUGGAGCCGACGCUUUCUUGCUAAGUAACGACCCACAACAAUUGCAGGCGGGGAAGGAUACGUUGGACGGGAUUAUUGAUACGGUUGCAGGGCCUCACUCUCUUUACCCAUUAGUUGACUUGUUGAAGACAGGAGGAAAGUUAAUUACAGUUGGUGCAUCAAUUACUCCUCCAGAAUUACCCACUAUGCCUUUGAUGAUGGGGAGAAAGAUGAUUGCUGGAAGUGCUGCUGGAGGAAUGGGAGAGACACAAGAGAUGAUUGAUUUGGCAGCGAAGCACAAUAUAACAGCAGACAUUGAAGUGAUUCCGAUGGAUUACGUGAACACUGCUUUAGAGCGAGUCGCCAAGAACGAUGUCAAGUAUCGUUUUGUGAUUGACGUGGCCAACACCCUCCAUAAGGUCUCUCUUCUUGACUAGAAAUUGACAACGAAAGUGUCAUCUCCAACCGACUGGCCCUCCCUCCUGUGGGCGGGGCCCAUUUCAUGUGAGGGCAAGAGAAAGCGAGGAGGGAACGACGUGGAGAGAUCCAAUCCAGAGCACUUCAUACGAAGAAAAAUUGAUUCCAACAAUAGAGAGACAAAUAUUAUAUCUAUUAUUUCUUUUUUUUUUAUAAUUAUACUGAUUAAUUAAUUCUAGGGUUAGGGAGGCUCAGAUGUUUCAACUUUUGCUUAUUGUGUGUUGAGUGUCAUUGCAUGGCCGUUGUAUUUCAUUUUAAACUUCAUUGUUACGUUGUAUUUUUAUCCAUGAUCAUUAUCGUAUUUGUGAUGCUAUAAAUAACUAGAAAAGAAUGGCAUAAAGGAA